AUGGUUCAUCUCGCUUCCGUCAAGAACGACGACGAGGUCUUUGACCCCGCCAGUCGCAAGAUCGACUCCCUCUCCCCUAUCCCCGACGAAAGCGAGAUCUACACCAAUGUCUACGGCAGUCGUUUCGCUGCCGAGCAUCUCCCCGAACAUGAGAUGCCUGAGGGUGAAAUGCCUCGCCAGGUGGCUGCCCGUAUGAUCCGGGAUGAAUUGAGUUUGGACGGUAACCCCAAGCUCAACCUUGCCAGUUUUGUCACCACCUACAUGGAGGAUGAGAUCGAGGACAUUAUGACCGAUUCCUUUUCCAAGAACUUCAUCGACUACGAGGAAUACCCCCACAGUGCCGAGAUCCAGAACCGCUGCGUCAACAUGAUCGCUCGUCUGUUCAACUGCCCGACGGACCCCAGUGGAGAGAAUGCCAUGGGAACCUCCACCAUUGGUUCCUCCGAGGCUAUUAUGCUAGGCACUCUGGCCAUGAAGAAGCGUUGGCAGAACAAGCGCAAGGCCGAGGGCAAGGACUGGACCCGUCCCAACAUCGUCAUGAACAGUGCUGUCCAGGUCUGCUGGGAGAAGGCCGCCCGCUACUUUGAUAUCGAGGAGAAAUACGUCUAUUGUACCGAAACUCGCUUCGUGAUCGACCCCAAGCAGGCCGUCGACCUCGUUGACGAGAACACCAUUGGUAUCUGUGCCAUCAUUGGAACCACCUACACUGGUGAGUAUGAGGAUGUCAAGGCGAUUAACGACUUGCUGGUCGAGAGGGGCAUUGACUGCCCUAUCCACGUUGAUGCCGCCAGCGGUGGCUUCGUCGCGCCUUUCAUCCAGCCCGACCUCGUCUGGGACUUCCGUCUCGAAAAGGUUGUCUCGAUUAAUGUGUCUGGCCAUAAGUAUGGUCUUGUCUACCCUGGAGUUGGCUGGGCCCUCUGGCGGUCCCCCGAUUUCACUCUGAACUUCUCCAAGGGUGCCUCGCAGGUGAUCGGCCAAUAUUACCAGAUGAUCCGACUCGGUAAGCACGGUUACCGUUCGAUCAUGGUGAACCUGACUCGCAUUGCGGACUACAUGUCGGAUCAGCUGAAGCAGAUGGGCAUGAUCAUUAUGAGCCAGGGUAAAGGAAAGGGUCUGCCACUGGUGGCAUUCCGCUUGCCCCCGAACCCAGACCGCGUUUAUGAUGAGUUCGCCGUUGCCCACCAGUUGCGCGAGCGUGGUUGGGUUGUGCCCGCCUACACGAUGGCCCCCCACAGCGAGAAGCUCCAGAUGAUGCGCGUGGUUGUGCGCGAGGACUUCAGCAUGAACCGCUGUGACAGCCUCCUGAUUGACGUGAAGCUGGCUCUUCAGACCCUGGAGUCUAUGGAUCAGGCGAUGAUCACCAAGUAUAAGGCCCAUAUGCGCAACCACCGGUCCCACCCCCGGCACAAGCAAACACAUGCUCAAUACCAGGGCGAGAAGCACUCACUGCAAGGCAAGCACGGCAAGACGCACGGAGUGUGCUAA